GCAUCGGUAAGUUAAUAAAUGAAAACAACUAUGCUCCACCAUAUGUUAUAAGUUUUCUUUUCCCUUUUUAGAUGAAGCAAAAUAUAGUGACCACUAACUUCCGCUGCUAUAUAAACCACCAAAGUCUGUUUUUUUGAGUUUAUUUGUUUUUUUCUUAUUUGAUCCUUUGCUGCUUUUGGAGAGAAAUUAAGGGGGAGAAAGAGAAAUGAAGCAUUGGGGUCUGAUUUUGCUCCUUUUUUUGUUAUUUCAACAAGGAAAUUUUCUCCUGCGUGUCAAAGCUGAUGACGGGUUUAUCAAAACUAAAGGACUGCAGCUAAUGUUGCGUGGAAGUCCUUUCUAUGCAAAUGGGUUCAAUGCUUAUUGGCUCAUGUACAUGGCCUCUGAUUCAUCUCAGAGAAGCAAAGUCUCAUCUGCGUUUCAACAAGCUAAAGAGCACGGUCUCACCAUAGCCAGAACUUGGGCUUUCAGUGAUGGUGGAGACAGGCCUCUUCAGUACUCGCCUGGCUCCUACAAUGAACAAAUGUUCCAGGGAUUGGAUUUUGUAGGAUCUGAGGCCAAGAGAUAUGGGAUUAAGCUGGUUUUAAGCUUCGCGAAUAACUAUGAUCAAUUUGGAGGGAAGAAACAGUAUGUGAACUGGGCAAGAAAUGAAGGACAAUCCAUUGGCUCUGAUGAUGAUUUCUUUACCAACUCUGUUGUUAAAGAAUACUACAAGAACCACAUCAAGACUGUUCUUACAAGACGUAACACCCUGACUGGAGUGGCUUACAAAGAUGAACCAACAAUAAUGGCGUGGGAGCUUAUGAAUGAGCCUAGGUGCCUCUCGGAUCCAUCGGGAAAGACCAUGCAGGCCUGGAUUACAGAGAUGGCUUCUCAUGUAAAGUCCAUUGAUGGAAAUCACUUACUAGAAGCUGGUUUAGAAGGGUUUUAUGGACCAUCAUCAUCUCAAAAACAGCAAUAUAACCCUAACUUUCAAGUAGGAACGGAUUUCAUUGCAAAUAAUCAGAUCCCUGGCAUUGACUUUGCGACAGUUCAUUCAUAUCCUGAUCAAUGGUUACAAAGCUCAAGUGAUGAAAGCCAAAUUGCCUUCUUGAAUAAUUGGCUGUACAAUCACAUCCAAGAUGCUCAGAACAUCCUUCAGAAACCAUUGCUCUUUGCCGAGUUCGGAAAAUCUUUGAAAAUUGCGGGUCCUAACCAAAGAGACGAGCUGUACAACACUGUUUACACAGCGAUUUACUCAUCAGCCAGGGGUGGAGGUGCAGCCAUCGGUGGGCUAUUCUGGCAACUGUUAGCCGAAGGAAUGGACUCUUACGGAGAUGGGUAUGAGGUAAUCAUGAGCCAAGGCACCUCAACUGUCGACCUCAUCACUCAAGAAUCUCAGAAACUUAAUCGUAUUCGAAAGAUGUAUGUAAGGUUGAGAGACAUCGAGAAAUGGAACAAAGCAAGGGAAAUCAGAAGAGCACAAUGGUGGUCUGGAAAUGGUGUCAGCAAAACGGAAAAUUGAGAAAAUAAAAAUACAUGAUGGUCUUGUAGUAAUAUAGAAGUGUUGAAGAUAAAGUUUCAAGAUGAUGUCCUAGUUUUUUAUUUAUUUAUUUAGGGUUUACAAUUAGAUGAACUCUUCUAAAAAUGAGUUGUUCUUAACUAAAGAGUGAUACAUUCUGUGAUUGUGUACUAAUCUGAUGAACCAGCUUAUUUUCUGCUGUAAGCUUGUGUUUGUGCUACUAAGAGACGAAUAAAACAAAUGGUGUUUGAACUUAGUUGAAAA